UACGACUUGACGAUUGUGUGUUUCGGGCAUCGCAGCGGUAUUUGAGAAUUCGAGGAGAUCGUGGUCCAAUGGUUGUCAGUUGCCAGUCUUUGCAGGAGGUUGAGCAGUACGCUUUGGCGCAAUAAACACUCCCGAGUCAAGAUGUGGGACGGACUCCUGCUGCUGCUCUUAUUGAGCCUUGUCAUGGCAGGCGCUUCCUUCGCUGCUGGCAUCCUCCCUCUCUCGUUCGCCCUCACACCACGCCAAUUGCGCCUGAUCACAGCAUUGGGGACUGGCGUACUGGUCGGCACCGCAUUGAUCGUCAUCAUACCGGAGGGCGUCGAAACAUUAUAUGCAGCGAGUGGGAGCGAUCAUGGACACAACGCGAAUGUCGCAGCGAGAGGACUUGCGCUCGCGAGGGAAUGGCCUAAGGAGGACCGAAGUAUCAUUGCUCGGGACUCGCCAGUGGCAGCAGCGCUGGAAGUGAAUGCCAAUACACACCCGGGCUUCAGAAGUGGCCCAGACGAUGGAUUUCAGACUGCGCCGCAGGCCGAAGGCUCGAAUCCCGCAUCCUCGGACCCAGGCCAUGAGCCAGGAGUAGUUGUCACCCCACCCAGUGCCCCAAGCCCAGCACCAGAGCCUGUGGAUCGCGAACCACACGUCUGGAUCGGAGUGUCCAUGAUAUUCGGUUUCAUAUUGAUGUACCUCAUCGACACCCUCCCGCGACAUCUCCACAAGAGCUCGCGACCGCAGAGCUUCCAGAUCAACCUCAAUUCCUUCAGCUUCACGAACGGCAUGCCACCUGGAGAUGCACCAGAGCCCAUCGCCGAGACCGCGCAAGCGCCGACAUCUCGUCCAAGUUCCACAACCAUUGGCUUGGUCAUUCACGCCGCAGCAGACGGCAUCGCCCUCGGCGCAUCGUCAACGUCGAGCAGCAACUUGAGUUUCAUCAUCUUCCUGGCAUUGAUGAUCCACAAAGCCCCAGCAGCGUUCGGUUUGACAUCAGUCCUCCUCAAACAAGGCCUUUCAAAACGAACAGCGAGAACGCAUCUCAUUGUCUUCUCCGCAGCUGCGCCCAUAGGAGCUAUCUUCACCUUUCUGGCCAUUCAUGGAUUUGGGUACGGCGGAGACGUAGAAAGUGCAAGCACAGAAUUCUUCACUGGUACGUUGCUGCUCUUCAGUGGCGGCACGUUCCUAUACGUUGCGAUGCACACCUUAGCAGGAUCGCAUUCUGCUCACGGGCAAGGCGAGAGCGGCAUGAAUGGGUAUGCGGGCGUGCCGAUGGAAGAGGGCUAUGGAGGGAGUCCGCCUGCGACAAAGAGUGUAGAGGAAAGGGGCGUUUCGGAUAUUUUGGUUACAGUAGGAGGGAUGCUGUUGCCGUUGCUUACGCAAUUUGGGCAUGUGCAUUGAAGGGUCAGUAUGUAGGAGACAUAUACACCAGAGCACCCGAUGCUAUUUCCAACUUCACUACUUUCGGACGACUCCAUAAUUCUCCAUCACGGU